CACUUAUAUCCCAGCCUCAGUCGACCAAGGCUUUCACCAUCCCGCACACAGCAUUUCCAUUUAGCGAUCGAGCAACAAGCUCACAGUGAUCAAGGAGUCUGAGAUUGCCUAGCAGCUGCACCGACGUUCGUGCGACGAUGGACGCGCCGGCCAUGCUCACGCGCAAGCACGUCCCCGAGAACAUCGCCGCUGAGGGGGAGGGCGGGCAGCAACAGAUGCACCGGGACGAGAAGCAGCACAAGCCGGUGCUCAAGAAGGUCAAGGACAAGGUGAAGAAGAUCAAGAACACCAUCGCCGGCCACGGCCACGGCAACGGCAACGGCCACGAUCACGAUCACGACCAGGACACCGGUGGCAGCAACAGCACCGACGAGGACGAGGAGGAUGCGGCCAUGAGGGAAGCCGAAGUGGAGAAGGGCGGGUACCAGCAAGACGUCGAGGACAAGCCCAUCUUCGCAGACUCCAGCCCCGAGCUGCACGGCGCACCCAUGUACGACUCGGAGAGGAUCCCGGCGGCGGCGAAGGAGGUGAGGCACAACGACGCUCCGGGGGUGCGGUUCGGUGACAUUGGCGGCCCGGCAGCGGCGCAUGAGGUGAAGCGCGACGCCGCCGCGGGGGAGCGGCUCGGCGACUUCGGCGGCCGGGCGUCGGCGAAGGAGGUGCAGCGCGACGACACCCAGGGGGUGCGGCUCGGCGAUCUCGGUGGCCCAGUCGUCGAGGACCCGGCCGCGCCGAACUCGAGGACGCCCAUGCCGCGAGGUGGCGAGGACAUCGGCACCACGGACGUCGUCCGUGACUUCGAGGCGAUGACUGUGUCAGACGACCCCAAGCAAGUCGACGUGAGCAAAGAGUAUGAGGCAAUGCCGGUGUCGGACGGCAACGGGGAGGAAUGGAACGAUGCACCCACUGACGCCGACUACACCGGGAGCUACACGGACAGGCUCAAGAACACGGCAGCUGGCACCACCGAGUAUGGCAAGAAGCUGGCGAGCACGGUGUAUGAGAAGGUCGCCGGCGUCGGCACGGUCGUGGCGAGCAAGGCGCAGCAGGUCACCCCCGGCUUCGGUGCUGGCGGGG